AGUUCAAGAGACUUUCUGGAUUCUCGCAGCCCCACCUUGACGAACAAGUCAUCGAUGCCUUUCUGGUCUCCGGCAAUGACAGAGGUCGACUCUCCUUCUAGCGCAACCAGUGUGGUAUCCUCACAGACCCAGGCUGCACACGACACAUUCAUAUCAAAGCUGCAAACAUCGAUCCCGUUUACUCCUGACCAGCAGGCGAUUGAGAGACUACGACAGCGAGUAACGAGCCUUCUUUUGAGUGAUUUGACAUCAGUGCUCUUCAAGGAGGGUAGCGAGACUGACAACGCAUUCUGGUCUGGGCUGGGCAAGGAGCUGACCGAACGCCACUUCCAUACUUUGCAUCCUUUGCACUCAAGCAUCGGAUCACAGACACCUACAGCAGACUCAGUGUCUAAUUUGAAGCCGCCCUUUGUUCGCUUUGGCUUCGAGACUGCUUUCGAGAUCCUGCUGCAGAAGUUCUCAAUCACCUCGAACCCGGCAGCAAAGCUGGGGCAUAUUUACGACAUCGAUAAGCUGCUUCUGCCAUACAUGAUGGAACAAGGUACACGUGGGUCUCCGUCAGCCUCUUUUAUGCGCCACGCUUCUGGAGAUGCGCAGCUUGAGAACGACGCCAGUGUGCUAUCCACAAAUGAGACCAGCGUGACCGGCUUCCGCAGCGUCUUCUCCAAGAGCUCACUACGGCCUUCAACAAUCUUCAGAGACCUGCAAUACAUAGCUGCUCUGCUACCAUCAGCAACAUUACAAGGAACGUCACAAGGCAAAGCCUUCACGAACGCUGCGGUAGCCAUCACCAGCCUCAAAAACGAAGUCCGCGGCAUCAUGGUCGAAACGGCGGACAGCAUCAUCAACUACCACUCCAACAACCGCGGCCACGGUCGAUCGUCAUCAACCGCCCAACAACAACGCGACUCCGCCACAUUCUCAGCACCAAGUCGCACCCCAUCAGCCGAAGACAUCGCCCGCUACAGCAUGGCUGACGCCGCCUACCUCUACCAAAUCGCAGCCAAAGAAGGCGACAUCGUGGCCCAACGCGAAUUAGCUACUUUAUACCUCACACACCCCGAACUCAUGGAACACGUCAUAUCCCCCUUCUCUCGACCUCGUGAUGUUUUCAAGGAGGAGUUGGAAGGCAAAUGGAGGAAGAACCAGGAUCCCAAUCGUUGCGAUCCCGUGACUAUGUGUGUUGCGCAUCAUUGGAUGAGUCUCAGUGCUAAGGGUGGGGAUUCUUUGGCUAAGGAGUAUUUGAGGCAACGCGAGGAGAUGGAUAGUUUUUGAUGAGGAGAGGAGAGGAUUUGUUGCGUACAGCAGGGCGCUGUGGGGGAUGUUUUUUUUCGGUAUGACUCGGAAUUUGAGUGCGACAUGUACUUUAUAGGUAGAUGAUGGCCGCUUUUUUUAUACCAUACCAUACCAUACGAUAUGAUGUGAUAGCAGAAUUCGAUAU